CCUGCUCACGACUGCCUGAAGACAAAAAAGGCUCGGCGCGGGUGUCGUCGCUCCACGCCCUGGAACCCAGGUCCCCGCUUCUCCUGCAGGGCCGCCAGAUCUCCAGCCCCUGUCUUCGCCCCCGCGCCUUCCAGCUGUUCGAAACUGUGCUUGACUUGUUUUCCAAUCAUACUUGGUUUCUGUCAUUUUUGUUAAGUCCAGAUCUACGAUCGACGGGCUCCUUCCCCAGAACUGCCCGAGGCUGUGAGUGUUUGGGAACCAGGCCCGCUUGGCUGCCAUAGCCUGGGCGUCCCACCUCCGCUCAGCAGGUCAGGCACCGCGCGGGCCCCGGGAGCAUCGCGGAGAUGAGGAGCAGGAGCAAUUCCGGGGUCCGCUUGGACGGUUACGCGCGGCUGGUGCAGCAAACCAUCCUGUGCUACCAGAAUCCCGUCACAGGGCUGCUAUCCGCCAGCCAUGAACAGAAGGAUGCCUGGGUGCGGGAUAACAUCUACAGCAUCCUGGCCGUGUGGGGCCUGGGCAUGGCCUACCGCAAGAAUGCCGACCGUGAUGAGGACAAGGCCAAGGCCUACGAAUUGGAGCAGAAUGUGGUGAAACUCAUGCGGGGUCUUCUCCAGUGCAUGAUGAGACAGGUGGAUAAAGUGGAGAAGUUCAAGCAUACGCAGAGUACCAAGGACAGCCUGCAUGCCAAGUACAACACCGCUACCUGCAGCACCGUGGUGGGCGACGACCAGUGGGGGCACCUCCAAGUGGAUGCCACCUCCCUCUUCCUUCUGUUCCUGGCCCAGAUGACUGCCUCUGGUUUACGUAUUAUUUUCACCCUCGAUGAGGUGGCCUUCAUACAGAAUCUUGUUUUUUACAUAGAAGCUGCAUAUAAAGUCGCUGAUUAUGGAAUGUGGGAACGUGGCGAUAAGACUAAUCAGGGCAUUCCGGAAUUGAAUGCAAGCUCUGUAGGAAUGGCCAAGGCAGCACUUGAGGCAAUUGAUGAACUGGAUCUUUUUGGAGCCCAUGGAGGACGCAAAUCAGUGAUCCAUGUCCUGCCUGAUGAGGUCGAACACUGCCAGUCUAUUCUGUUCUCCAUGCUGCCAAGAGCAUCGACGUCCAAAGAGAUUGACGCUGGACUUCUUUCUAUUAUUUCGUUCCCGGCCUUUGCAGUGGAAGAUGUGAACCUUGUGAAUGUGACCAAAAAUGAAAUUAUUUCCAAGCUCCAGGGGCGUUAUGGAUGUUGUCGCUUCCUUCGAGAUGGCUAUAAAACCCCAAGAGAGGACCCAAACCGGCUGCAUUAUGACCCUGCUGAGCUGAAGCUCUUUGAAAAUAUUGAAUGUGAAUGGCCCGUGUUCUGGACGUAUUUUAUAAUAGAUGGGGUCUUCAAUGGUGAUGCUGUUCAGGUCCAAGAAUACCGAGAGGCCCUGGAGGGAAUAUUAAUCAGGGGCAAGAAUGGGAUCCACCUGGUGCCAGAACUCUACGCCAUCCCACCUAACAAGGUAGACGAAGAAUAUAAGAAUCCUCACACGGUGGACAGAGUUCCUCUGGGGAAGCUGCCCCAUCUGUGGGGCCAGUCCUUGUACAUCCUCAGCUCGCUAUUGGCAGAGGGAUUCCUUGCCACUGGUGAAAUUGAUCCCUUAAAUAGAAGAUUUUCCACUUCCGUCAAACCUGAUGUUGUAGUACAAGUUACUGUUCUAGCAGAAAACAAGCACGUUAAGGAAUUGCUGAGGAAGCAUGGGAUAGACGUCCAGAGCAUUGCUGACAUUCACCCAAUCCGAGUCCAACCAGGCCGGAUCCUCAGCCACAUAUAUGCCAAACUUGGACGGAAUAAGAAUAUGAAAUUGAGUGGCCGACCCUAUCGGCACAUUGGUGUCCUUGGAACAUCUAAACUAUAUGUGAUUAGGAACCAAAUCUUUACUUUCACACCCCAGUUCACUGACCAGCACCACUUCUACCUGGCCCUGGACAAUGAGAUGAUCGUGGAAAUGCUGAGGAUCGAGCUGGCCUACCUGUGCACCUGCUGGCGGAUGACAGGCAGACCCACACUCACCUUCCCCGUCACCCACACCAUGCUCAUGAAUGAUGGCUCAGAUAUUCAUCCUGCAGUCCUUUCUACAAUUAGAAAACUAGAGGAUGGAUAUUUUGGAGGAGCUAGAGUAAAACUAGGGAGCCUUUCGGAAUUUCUCACCACGUCUUUCUACACGUAUCUGACCUUCCUGGACCCAGACUGUGAUGAGAAGUUGUUUGAUAAUGCCAGCGAAGGAAGCUUCAGUCCUGACAGCACUUCAGAUUUGGGAGGAUAUUUGGAAGACACCAUAAAUCAAGAAAGCCAGGACGAACUUGACCAGUAUAUCAACCAGCUCCUGCAAAGCACCUCCUUGAAGUGCUACCUGCCUCCUCUUUGUAAGAAGACUUCAGAAGACAGCCAUGUUUUCAGUGCCAUCCACUCUACUCGGGAUAUACUCUCCUUGAUGGCAAAAGCAAAGGGUUUGGAAAUUCCGUUUGUUCCCAUGACUUUGCCAACUAAAGUUCUAAGUGUCCACCGUAAAUCGCUAAAUCUUGUUGAUUCUACUCAGCCACUCCUAAAAAAGACCCCUGAAGAUGACUUCCAGUGGCCCAGAGACGACCAUGGUGAUGUGGACUGUGAAAAACUGGUUGAACAGCUGAAAGAUUGUUCGAACCUACAGGACCAAGCAGACAUUCUGUACAUUCUGUAUAUGAUAAAGGGUCCCAGCUGGGACACAAAUCUCUCCGGACAACAUGGUGUCACUGUUCACAACCUCCUCAGUGAGCUCUAUGGGAAAGCCGGCCUGAACCAGGAGUGGGGUUUGAUUCGCUACAUCUCUGGCCUGCUCAGGAAGAAAGUGGAGGUGCUGGCCGAGGCCUGUACAGACCUGCUAUCACACCAGAAGCAGCUCACAGUGGGCCUACCACCGGAGCCGCGGGAGAAGACUAUCUCUGCGCCCCUUCCCCCCGAGGAGCUUACAAAACUCAUCUACGAAGCCAGUGGGCAGGAUAUCAGCAUCGCGGUCCUCACGCAGGAGAUUGUGGUUUACCUGGCGAUGUACGUUCGGGCACAGCCCAGCCUCUUCAUGGAGAUGCUCAGGCUCCGGAUCGGACUCAUCAUUCAGGUGAUGGCCACAGAGCUGGCACGGAGCCUGAACUGUUCAGGAGAGGAAGCUUCUGAAAGUUUGAUGAACCUCAGCCCUUUUGAUAUGAAAAAUCUUCUGCACCAUAUUCUGAGUGGAAAAGAGUUUGGCAUUGAAAGAAGCAUGCGGCCUAUCCAUUCCUCUACAUCCAGCCCUGCCAUCUCCAUCCAUGAGGUGGGACAUACUGGAGUCACCAAAACCGAGAGGAGUGGCAUUAACAGGCUGAGGAGUGAGAUGAAACAGAUGACUAGACGAUUUAGUGCUGAUGAACAGCUCUUUUCUGUGAGCCAGGCCAUGUCCAGCAGAGCACAUGUCUCCAAGUCUAUGAGGUCCAGCACCCCGUCCUCGCCCACUGGCACGUCAUCGUCAGACUCAGGCGGGCAUCACAUUGGCUGGGGGGAGCGGCAGGGCCAGUGGCUGCGCAGGAGAAGGCUGGACGGGGCCAUCAAUAGGGUGCCCGUGGGAUUCUACCAGAAGGUGUGGAAGAUCCUUCAGAAGUGCCAUGGUCUUUCCAUCGAUGGUUAUGUGCUCCCGUCCUCAGCGACACAAGAGAUGACCCCACAGGAGAUCAAGUUUGCUGUCCACGUUGAGUCGGUGCUCAACCGCGUGCCCCAGCCUGAGUACCGGCAGCUGCUGGUGGAGGCCAUCAUGGUGCUGACGCUACUCUCAGACUCGGAGAUGAACAGCAUUGGCGGCAUCAUCCAUGUGGACCAGAUUGUGCGGAUGGCCAACCAGCUGUUUUUGCAGGACCAGAUGUCAAUUGGAGCCAUGGACACUCUGGAGAAAGACCAAGCCACGGGCAUUUGCCACUUUUUUUACGACAGUGCUCCGAGUGGGGCUUAUGGGACAAUGACCUACCUAACGAAGGCAGUGGCUUCUCAUUUGCAGGAUUUGCUGCCCAAUUCAGGCUGCCAGAUGCAAUAGGGCCUCAGCGCUCUCUGAGUCUGUCACUUGCCCUGUAGCCUCAUUGGAAACUUUCUUCUGUUCCCCAAGAUCCCCUGUGCUGUCACAAAAGCAUGUCCCAUCAGAAACACUGGCAAGGAAGAGAGGGCAGUGACUGACCUGAAACCAGUGUGUGUCCAAGCCACAGAAAGCCAAGGAGCCCUGUGCUCCCCCAAGGAGCGGCAUGGGAUCAUUGACUAGGUUCAUUUUGCUGGAACAUUUGUCAGCAUCUGGUCUCCUGGAGCCUGAGGAGGAAGGAGAAACUGGUGUCUUUUGAGUGCAGAGUGAACUGAGAAGCAGCCUAAAUUGGCUCUCACAGAGAGCUACCGAAAUAGGUUUGAUGAGCGAGUGCACAUCUUAAAGAUCCUUCCAGCAGCAGUAGCUAGACAAGCAGACCUUGACCAGGGGAACAUCUUAACAGGAUGCAGUCUGUCUGUGGACCAAACUGUUUACCAAAUAGAAUAACUCCCUUUCUGUGGAAGUUUGGUUUUCUUGUGCCUUGCUUUUUUCGUGGUCUCUUGUUGUUUUAUUGGCAUGGCUACCUUCGUGUGACAUAAUUCUCUCUCACCAAGAUGUUGAAAAUUGCUCCUAGUUAACUUUGGCUCAUGGUCUUCAAAGAUUUUAUCCUGGCCGCCCAUAAAUAAUGGGUUUCUCCUGCCUUCUGAAAAAUCCUACAUCUUCCAGAAAGUAGCAAAACAAAAAACAAUGGCGGGGAGGAUCAAACUCAUCUUGUAGCUGGGCCGACUGUUGUUUUCGGGCUGGAGCAGGUAGGGAUUCCCUCUGGAAGGCCUGUGUCCCCCACCCCAACCCCGCAUGGGGUGACCGCCCUGGCAGGAGAGUGAGCAGUACCUACCCCGAGCUCCAGGGGACCCAUGUGAUGGGUAUGCAGCACCAGAUGCCAUGGAAAUUGGUGGUGUGCUCCCGUAAAAACAGUGCUUCUUCUGAUAGAGCCAGCCUGGAGACGCAUCCCUUAUGGAAGCACUGCCAUCUUGAUGCUCUCAGGUAGGUGUAGUUGGAGGCCUUGGCUAUCGAGGAGCAAGGACAAAUCCUGACAGGACAGGGCCUCGCCAGCCUUUUGCCAAUAUCCUGGUGGGUGGAGUUUCUCUCAGGCCUUGUCUUCCUGGGGGAGUAGGGGGGGUGGGGCCGGUGAACCAUUGUUGUUCUGGAAAACCUGCUAGCUACAUGGCGAGCUCUGGCUGGUUAAGAGUGAUGGGUUAGAUUUGUGACAACUCUGCCUCUGAAAUGGGAACAUGGCCACUGGAUCUUUGCUUGGAAGUUUAUGUGAAGGUGGAGAAAGCUGAUGCUCUAGCUGCUCUUAGGGGACAUUGCUGUGCCCGGCGCCCCUCAGAGAUGCAGUACUUGCGGUUAUUCUGGAAACAGAGGGAAGGUAGGAUGGCCUUGCAUUCCUGCUGCUUCCUGCUAAGGGGACUUGGUGCAGUCCAAGCCAAGUACUCUGCAGUUGCCCCUGGGAGAGACAAUCAGGAACACGAGGUUCGGCGUCCUUACCUGGGCUUGGUGGCAUGCAGGCACUGUUCUCCUGGAACGUCAAUGCCUUUGCUUCCUAUUUCUUCGAAACCACAGUACUUUCCUGGCUGAGGUACAGACUAGUUAUGUAGAGGGAAAGGUCCUGGAAUCUCAGCUGGUGCUCCAGGGGACGUCUGCAUGCCCCGUCUCCUCCUUCCCUCACCCCUCUUCCCCCUCCCCAUUAAUGCUGGUAUAUAAAACCUUUCUCCUCAGA